AUGGAUUUCUGCUGUGAUGAUGUCGGUACAGUUUCAUUGGGGUCGCAGGAUGGUAAGUCGCGUGUCCAGUGCGACCACAUCACGAAUUCGUUGCAACCAACUUUUCCCUCGAAAUGGAAAGUCAUAUCACGAAAAAAGGUUGACUUUGACUUUAUGCGGCCUGAAAGUGACGGCUUCCAGUUCGACCAAUGCAGGCCAGCCAUCGAGCCCACUUGGCCGGUACAGGCCAGCCGAGACGGAACAGGGUACCGAUGUCAUGUGCGUCGCAACUUCACGAUAGGCGGGGAACUUUUGCUGUUGCCCACGCCCGACAUCUCCCCCGAUGGGGCAUUUCUAAAGUGCCACCUACCCUCCACUCGGCCUCACCCUCUCUUUGCCGGCUUGCUCACGAGUUGGACGUUGAGUUUGCACAACCAGCUGGCCUGUUCGAUGAAUAAUAGACUUUUUCCGUGUACCUGUUUCGCCCGAUCCGGCUUCUCAGGUCACCCGCGCAAAGUUGGUGGCGAGCCCAUCCGAGUGGGGGCCCUGUCGGCCGGAGGGCGUGUGAGGGUUGGGUUGGGUCGAGUCGGUUUUAGGGCCGGUCGAGUAUGUCUGCGUCUAGACGUCGAGUGGCCAGAGUCGAACCGCCAAUUCUGUCAUUAA